AUGUCGACCGAAAAGUAUGAGAUUUUCUUUCCGGAGGGAGAAAGAUAUUGGUUUUGCCGUCAUUUGGGCGUGGGUUCCUGCGCGACUACUUCCGUUGUUCGAUCAAUCGCUGACAGCAAGGACUAUGUCAGAAAGAAGACAAAGCCAACAUCAGGAGAUGGUCUCUAUUACUCCUCAGAAGUGAAAUACCGUCGUGAGCAUUGCCUGAUUCCACAAUUGGUCACACAAAAGGCCUUUUUCGAUUUGCCGACAAAUUCUUUGGACCGCGAUGAGUUCAAGUCUAGCUCGAUGAUAUUUUCCUUCUGUAAUGGUGGAACCCUCUCAGGCUCCUUCAAAGUUGUGUAUCAAGAAUCCGAAAUCAUCCUUCAGAACCUCGUUUGGUAUCUUUUGAGACAAGGACUCCAGGUGCUUGACUUUUUACGCGAUGGCUACCCAUCCGUUGUUCACAAUGAUGUCCAUCCGGAGAAUAUCUUUCUC